AUGCUCUUUCUCAACCAAUUACAUGGGGACGUCAUAUCCGGAGGCACUAGAUUUCUCCAAGCAGGGCUGGAGGGCGGAAAGCUCGCCGUUGCUUACGGAAAGCCCGCCCUCGAGCAAUCUGUUAACGUGACUGCUCAGGCAGCAGGAUGGAUCAUUCAGAACCCUGUUCUAGCCGCAUAUAUGGUCGUGGGCGCUAGCGGUGCUGUAGUUGUCGCUGCUCCCGGCCUUGCAACGGCCCCAGUUUUAUCGAGUAUGGGAUUCACAACAAGCGGAAUUCACGCAGGUUCAGCAGCAGCAGCCGCUCAUGGUUUGAUCGGAAAUAUUGCAGCGGGGAGCGCGAUGGCCAUAGGACAGAGCGCUGGUGCAGGAGGAAGUGGCCUCGUGAUCCUCAAUGGAGCUGCACAAUUGGGAGGUGCUGCGAUGACUUUGGGAAGUGCUAGUUUAGUGUGGGUCAAAAGCAGACUAUGA